GCGUGUUUUUUCAUUACCUCCUCUGAAAGACAGGAAGGGUGUAGACGCAUUGGCAGAGUGUGGAGACCGUUAACGAAGCCGUCGUUUGUAUCUCGGUGGCAUGAAGAUCGAUAUCCCUCCGGCUGUGUAUUGAUCCGUGGACAUGGAGAAGCUGAUCGGGUAUUUUGUGCUGUCUGUGGCGGUGCUGCGCGCAACCGUAACCGGAGAUAAGGUGACGGACAAGUACUUCGAGGACGGUGGUAGCCUCGAACUCGAAGUGAGGCCUCCUCACCCCGAGACCAUCAAAAACAUCCUGUGGAAGUGUGAUGGUAAUCUGGUGGCCGAGUGGUAUGACGGCAGUGUAGAAUUGGAGUACUACGGCCGCUACAAAGAACGCACAACCCUGGACAAAAAGACUGGACUAUUGGUCAUCAAUAAAAUGACCAAAAACGACACAGGCCUGUAUUCAAUGGAGAUCAACAGCAAGGUCCAGAAUGAGAUGUACAAAGCUAUAUUGAUCAGGAAAGUCCCCAAGCCAGUGGUGGAGCUGAGAACACUGACAUGCAGGGUUACUUCAGAGUUUUGUAAGGUGAGCUGUAAAGCAUACCUCACAGACGUCGGACCCGUCACCUACAGCUGGAAGAUUGGAGACAAAGACUGGGAUAAGUUGGAGGGAAAGGACAGGAAUAUCACCAAGACUGAGAAUAAAGGAGACAAGACCAUCACCUGCAAGAUAACUAACCCGAUCAGUAGUGAUAGAGUCUAAGCUGACCAGAAUCCUGCAGGACUCUCUGGGAGGACGAACAAAAACCUCCAUCAUCGCCACCGUGUCGCCUUCCUCCAGCAACCUGGAGCUGCUCAGUACAGUGGACGCCAGCACCAGUGACGUAACCGGUCUCCACGACAAGCUGGACAGGAAGAAAAAGAGCGUCGAGAUGCGCU